GGAAAGGCAGGUAAAGCGUUAUUAUAAAAACCAAUCGAUGUUUACAUGUCAAAACACAGAAUCUUACUCAUUACUCCACGUGCUUAAUUACGCCACUUAUGUUUUGAACAAAUUUCGCCGUAACCUGGCUCACACCCGGGAGGCGGCCCGGUUCCUAAACGAAUGCAAUCAACUUUCACCAGGUGCAAAGCACAUCUACCUGGGGGCCCAGACAGAUUAAUCGAAUCACCCCAAGUAAACACAGGACACUGCUUUGUCUGUCGAAAAUCCUCACCCAUUGGUCAGACACACUGACGCAAUUACGUGAAGGGGGAGUCUGCUACUACUCUAACCAAUAGCAUUCUAUAUGUAAAUCUUGUUUAAAACAUUCCCGGGAAAUCCGAGUUUCGCGUGAGGGCCCUUCGCUGAUAAACUGCAUCCCAUAAUUCAUUGUCAUUUUUCAGGCAGCAGGAGUGGAGCUUGCGACCUAAUAAAAUCCGUUGCAUCUUCCCUGUUUUAGAAACGGAUCGUGUAUCAAAUUGUAACGAACGGGCAUGUAAGAUAUUAGUUUAACGAUAUCCCUGAUUAUAUAUAUUUUUUCUCGAAUCGAUGCGGAUUUUGAAGAGAAAAAAAAGUGCUCCAAAGUAGCGGAGGAAUAAAAGGACAUUCGCGCCUGAUGAUGAGAAAAGGGGGAGCCUCUGUCCCGGAGAAAGUCCUAAUUUCAGGGGUCGGGGGCUCCUCCAUGGACAAAACCCGCACAGUUCUGACCCAGUACGCCAAUGCUCCGUAUUAUCAGAUCUUAACCCCUCCGCCCUGUCCGAACCAGACUAACAAUGUCGGUGUCCCAGACCCGACCGAGAGUCCGCUAUACACUACCCCCAUCGGGGUGUCUACCAACGAGACCGGACAGCGACCACCCCUCGGAAGACACCCGACGAAGCGUCGGUUGGAGCUGGAGGAGAGUGAUCAACAGUACACCAGUGAGACGAACAGUGGCUCCAGAGCUAAGCGAGCCACCAGGCUCUCCCUCAGAGGACCCAAGACUCCCCCCUCCACGUUAGAGAAGACCAGGUAUGACACAUCUCUAGGCCUCCUGACCCAGAAGUUUGUCCAGCUGCUGGCCCAGUCCAGUGACGGGGUAGUGGACCUCAACCGGGCCGCGGAGUCCCUCAAGGUGAGGAAGAGACGCCUCUAUGACAUCACCAACGUCCUGCAGGGGGUGCAUCUCAUCAAGAAGAAGUCUAAGAACAACAUCCAAUGGAUGGGCUGUAGCCUGUCUCCACAGGGAGUUGCCAGGGUCCAGACCCCUGGCUCUGUGGGUGAAGAGCUACUGGAGUUGGCCCAAGAGGAGAAGAGACUGGAUGAACUCCUACACAUCUCUACACGCAUCGUCCAACAGAUAACGGAAGACACACCCACAAGGAAGUUUGCAUACAUAUCGUAUGAGGAUGUGAAGAGGAUUCCUAGUCUCAAGGACCAGACGGUCAUUGUGGUCAAAGCCCCUGCUGAAACCAGACUAGAGGUGCAAGACCCUGCAGAGAGUCUCCAGGUCCACCUGAGCAGUACCCAGGGUCCAAUAGAAGUCUUCCUUUGCUCUGAUGACCACGCCACCUCCUCCACGCUGAACAACGUGGCACUGAAUGGAAAAGGACAUCCCUCUUCAUCGUAUGUCAACGGAAACUCCUCUUUGUCCGUCUUCAAGGUGUCACAAGGGGGUAAUAACUCCACCGAUAGCGCCAGUAUCAGUUUCUCCAACGCACAGUCCAGGCUCCCAGCAUGCUCAGCAGUGACAGUGACCCCUGUCUCCCUCCUCCCCCUCCAGGAUGUCGACCAGGAGCACUUUGUCCCCCUCUCUCCCUCCCUCCUCUUUGAGGAGGACGACUACAUGCUCAGCCUCGGGGAAGACAACUUGUUCUCCUACGACCUGGACGAGCUUCCACUGGAAGACCUGCUCUGUAACUGAGUGAAAUGGAAACUCGGCGGCCAUUUUGGGUGUUUUGAUUUUGGAAUGUGGUCAUUUACAGUAUAAUGAAUCCUAUAGCCCAGUGGUUUCAGCAGCCAUUUUGGAGCAAUGCUUUUUCUUGACAUCCUGGACUGGAUCGCUCAUAGAGGACCUGCUGUGUAAUUGACCUUGAAUGUGAAAAUACCUGUUCUUGGUAUAGAUGUGAAGGAAGUAAGCCUACGUUGCCAUCCGGACAAAUGUGGCAGGCCAGCACAAACACAAGCUGGCUAGGAGGGGGAGAAUUGUGUGGCUGAACGAACAGAUAAACCCCUUCUCAAAGCCUGUCUUUCUGGUUAGACCUGCACUGACAGGCAAACCAACAAUCUCUCACUCCCCUUAGUAGACCGUUAUGUUUUCUUGAUGAACUGUUCUCGUCUGAAAACACAGAUUGUCCCUAACAGAGAUGGGUUACGGAUAUCAACCCCCUGGACACAGAUUCUUACCCAUAUCUUCCACUGUGUGACUGUUAUCUGUCAACCUGUGUUUAAUAAUGUGAUGUAGUGGACCCUACCCGGCCAUGUCCUGGUUCUCGGGUUCAACAGAAGCGAGCAGACCUCAUAUAUCUAGGCCCCAGGAUGGUGACGUCUGCCUGGGCGACGAUGGUACCUGAGUCCCUUGGUCUUCCACGUGGAGCCUUCUGACCCAACACAGGGAAGAGACUCACUGGUUUGUUAGGAUAUGUAUGUAGUGAGAGAUGGCCCUAGGGAAUACAUCCCAAAUGGCACCCUAUUCCCUAUAUAGUGCACUACUUUUUUAUCAGGGCUCUGUUCAGAAGUAGUGCACUAUAUAGGGAAUGGGGUUCCAUUUGGUGUCGAGUAUGUAGGGAAUGGGGUGCCAUUUUGGUGUCGAGUGUGUAGGGAAUGGGGUGCCAUUUUGGUGUCGAGCGUGUAGGGAAUGGGGUGCCAUUUUGGUGUCGAGCGUGUAGGGAAUGGGGUGCCAUUUUGGUGUCGAGCGUGUAGGGAAUGGGGUGCCAUUUUGGUGUCGAGCGUGUAGGGAACGGGGUGCCAUUUUGGUGUCGAGCGUGUAGGGAACGGGGUGCCAUUUUGGUGUCGAGCGUGUAGGGAACGGGGUGCCAUUUUGGUGUAGGGAAUGGGGUGCCAUUUUGGUGUAGGGAAUGGGGUGCCAUUUUGGUGUAGGGAAUGGGGUGCCAUUUUGGUGUAGGGAAUGGGGUGCCAUUUUGGUGUCGGGAAUGGGGUGCCAUUUUGGUGUCGGGAAUGGGGUGCCAUUUUGGUGUCGGGAAUGGGGUGCCAUUUUGGUGUCGAAUGGGGUGCCAUUUUGGUGUCGGGAAUGGGGUGCCAUUUUGGUGUCGAAUGGGGUGCCAUUUUGGUGUCGGGAAUGGGGUGCCAUUUUGGUGUCGGGAAUGGGGUGCCAUUUUGGUGUCGAGCGUGUAGGGAACGGGGUGCCAUUUUGGUGUCGAGCGUGUAGGGAACGGGGUGCCAUUUUGGUGUCGAGCGUGUAGGGAACGGGGUGCCAUUUUGGUGUCGAGCGUGUAGGGAACGGGGUGCCAUUUUGGUGUAGGGAAUGGGGUGCCAUUUUGGUGUCGGGAAUGGGGUGCCAUUU